UACUUUUAGUGGGGAUUGUACACAAUACACUUGUUAUAUAAGAUAGUAAGUAUAGUGGCGGGGAAUGAAUGAUUCUGAAGAAAUAAUAGCUUUUUCAGAUAAGAUUUGACGACAAUAGAUAUUGGUUGUGAAAAAAUUACCAAGAUAGGAAGUGAGUGAGUGUCACACGUAUCUGUAAUUGAAUAUUACAGUUUGAUUGGUGCUAAGAACAUCUCGUUGUUUUAUUUAUUGGUUAUAAGCGAAACGGUCGAACGGGUAGUCCUGAUCGUUUUAAUUGUACUUUGGACAUUUCAAGCUGUCAAAUAGGGAGUGAGAUGGUGUGAAAUAUUAAUUAGAUUUAUGUUAACAAUAUUUUUUGUUUGGAGGAAUCUCAAAGAAAUUCUUUAAGUUCAGUGAGUCAGAGUACUGUGACGAUUGUGGUAUUAUUCUGCGAACUUCCACAGAUAAUUUGUGUGUUUUUGACAGUUUCUAGUAGUUACUACAAUGUCCAGCAAAGUUAUGUCGAACGUUGAUCCGUUCAGUGAAAUGCCUUUAGAAACAGAGUCUGCAGAAGAUGCAACUGAAGAAUUAUGUGAGGAAAAUGGUAUAGAAGAACCAGCUGAAGAAGUGGCAGAAGAAGCAAUUAAUAUUCCUGCAUUUGCGGAACCUUUAACUCCAGAGGAGAUACGUUGGUUUUAUAAAGAUGGUGAAGACAAAAGGUGGGAAGAAUUCUGUGGAUAUGACAGUCUAAGAAUAGAACAUGCCUGGAGACGCAGAAACAGUUCAAAGUGUAAUGAGAUGGAUACAGAUAGUGAAAUACCUUCAGAACCAAUUGUCGUUAGAGGAGGAAUAUAUGAUGUUGAAUUGGAUAAAAUGAGAUGUGUUUCCAUAUAUUGGCAAGGUGAAGAAUGGAAAAUAACUAGAGGUACUUGGUACUAUGAUGGAAGAUGGAUGCCAUUAGAAGCAGAACACUCUAAAGUUAUAGAAGAAGUUCAUCUUAGGCUGUUUCAGGAACAGUCACAGACCCAAUCGAAUUCCAUCACGGAGGUUGACACGCCAUCACAUUCCUAUAAAGUAAUCCACACAGAGCACUUUCCUGAAUUUCAUGUUGAUUGGUAUGCAAUCAACGAUGUUGCUCUCUACAGUGAAAAUACUUCUAGUAAAUUAAUGCGGAGUGUAACGUUCAAAUUGGGCUUUACGAAAACAACAGGCUAUCGUUUAAGAAGAGGAUAUAAGAAUCGUGCCGUAAUGGAAGAUAAGCCGCAUGAUAUAGAUCAUUUAGUGUUUGUCGUUCACGGAAUUGGUCAGAAGAGAGAUACAGGAAAAAUCAUACGUAAUACAUCCUCGUUCAGGGAUUGUGUAGACUGGUUAAAGAAAAAAUACUUCCCAAAUUCAACUCAUCGAGUUGAGUUUUUUCCUGUGGAGUGGAGAUCAUCUUUGAAACUUGAUGGAGAUAUCGUGGAAGCUAUUACACCAUGUAGUGUGAUGAAUAUUCGAGGUCUUUUAAAUACAUCUGCAAUGGAUAUUCUGUACUAUACUAGUCCUUUGUACGGUGGAGAAGUCCGGGCAGGUUUACAGAAGGAAUUGAAUCGGCUUUAUUUUAUGUUCGCCAGUCGACAUCCCGGAUGGAAAGGAAAGGUUUCAAUCCUUGCCCAUUCUUUAGGUUGCGUUAUUGUUUAUGAUAUUGUUACGGGAUGGACGGGUCUUGAUCAAAGACCUCCAUCACCAGCAGUACCAGAUGUUUCCCCUGAAGGCUUACAAUUCCCUAUUGAGAACCUAUUUUGUUUGGGUUCUCCCCUGUCAGUGUUCCUAGCAUUACGUACACGUACACCGUCCAAUAGAGUAGACGUGAUGCCACAAAAUCUAUGUAAAAGGUUUUAUAAUAUAUUUCACUGGUCAGACCCAGUGGCUUAUCGGAUGGAGCCACUGCUGGAAAGAGGCUAUAGUAAAAUUGAACCCAUACUGAUACCAUCAUAUGGUGGAGUUGAUGAACAACAGUUAGAGCAACCUCCGCCAAUGAAUAAUGUAGAACAGAGUCUUCCGCCAUCAGAAAACGACAAUGAACAAAAGGUUAAUGACGGGGGAGACGACAGCCCGAUUGAUCUACCGAAUCGCAAUGCAGAUAAAGGAUGGAGUCUUUGGGGUCUCGUAAGAGCUGGUUGGAAUGGCAAGGAUGGUGCAACUUCUCCAACGCCGGAUACGACUCCACCAAUUCGUCCAGAUCAAGAAUUGGAACAACGGCUGGACUAUGUAUUAAGGGCAGUGGGCCUGGGCCGCACUUAUCUUAGUACAGUAACAGCGCAUACGGGUUAUUGGAGUAAUUAUGAUGUGGCCUAUUUUGUACUGACAAGACUCUUCCCAACGCUGGAGACGUGAUGUUGGCUUGUAUUGCAUAGGAAGAAGGGAUCUUUUAGGAUCCUAUUGGCGUAUACUAGUCCACCGUGGGCCUUUGGGGCCUGAGCUUGCACGCAGGCCUGCCACCGAAAACAAUCUGUGAUAAUGGAAAAACGAUACAAUAACAUAACAAAAUCUGUAUAGGUGAAUCAUUUUACAUAGUUUGCAUAAUUAAAUGAUAAUACGGUCGAGUUUCACGGGUGGACGUCAUAAGUUUGUAUAACUGCUUUUGUUGUUUUUAGUUAUAUUGUUACUUGGGCGUUUGAAAAAUUCCAUAUAUACAGCAGUUAUUCUAGCUCGUUUUAAAGAAUCAUGACGGUCGGUACAAUCGUUAGGCAAAUUGAAAAUUCUAAUUAUCCCAGUAUCAUCGUAUUUAUGAAUAUUAUACACAGUUUAUAGAAACAUUUUAUUCAACUUAUUGAUUGAAAAAUAUAUUUUAAAGCACAUAUCAUUGUUAUAUAUAUAUAUAUGCAUUGUUGUUUUCAUGAUUGCUGCAGAAUGUGUUGUGUUUCAUUUUUCUAAUUUAACGUUGAAAACUUAAGAAGUAUGUUGUGGCUGUUUCGUUUCAUUGUGGCAUGGCGGAUUAGUCUUAGCGUACGCAAUAUUGCGAAUGAGGAUUUAAUAUCAAUACCCGAUCAAACAGUGAAUAAAUUAUCUUUUCUCCCGCUAAAAGAGGAACACGAAAAUAUUAUUAUACUUAUUUUUGUUCAAUGAAAAAUGAUGAUUCACUAUUUAUUAAGAAAGAAUUUUUGUUCAUACUAAUUUAUGCAAUUAUAUUAUAUAGCUGUUAUAAUUAUUUCAAAGAAGAUUCUAUAAUUUCAGAUGUUUCUGUUAAAACCUGAGCUGUUUAAUGACGUGAAUCAAAAUGACAUUCGUAUGAAUGAUACUUUUAAGCAAUUUGGUUUUUCUUUCGAUAACUGCAGGACGGUAUGUCAUUAACAUGGUGCCAUUGGACACUGUAUCUAAGAAUCAUUUUGAAAAAAAAUAUAUGAAACAGGGUAUUGUCUUUGUGUAUGUUUAUAAUAAUUUAAGUAUUAAACAUUAAAUGACUACUAAUUACGAAAGCUAUUUUAGAAGUUUGAAGAUAGUAUAUAUUAAUCCUUGUUACAGUUAAAAGUCACUAUAAUAUACUCCUGUUAAAAUACAGUAAAUAUGAUAUACUUCUACCUUGAAAAACUUCAGGCGACAUAUAUCGUAGUUUUUUUAUUACAUUAAGAAAGUAAUAGCUCGUUUUCAUGUCAUUAUUAAUAUAUACUCUUUUGUAUUCAGGAAAACCGUAACGAAAUUUUAUUCUAUAAACCACAUCACAUUUUCGUCUAAUUGUGAAACUCGUCCGGACUAUUCGAGAAAGUCUACUUAAGUUGAAUGUACCACAGAUUAACACAAUCGUAAUUCAAAUAAAAAAGGAGAGAAAAAAAAUGUAAAUGCAUGUUUAUAAAUGCGCUUGAAGCUAAUUGCAAAGCUAUUAGAUUUGAUAAGAGAAAAUUUAAAAUAACGAAAUUGGGCAUAGGGCUUUGUGUCAAUCAUCAUAUCAGGGGCAUUGACUUUUGUCUUACUCUGUGACGGUACAUUCGAAUUUCCAUUGUUACUGUGUACUAGUAUUUAGGUUAUCACAGGACUAUCAAAAUUCGAAGAUUUUAUACAGUUUUCUUAUUGCGCCUAAUAAGUGGUAUUGAUGAUUUUGUACAUAUGAUAGAGUUUAUCAAUAUGCACUGUUAAGUUGUCCAUACUUUACACGGUAUAACAAUAGUCAGAACACAACAAAUAGUAAUUUGAAGACUGUCUAACUAAUCUUCUUCAACAUAACGUGUUAUACUUGAUAUUGUUACGAUACUUUUUAAACUUAAGACAAUUCCUGACUGCGGGAACGUAUGAUAAAACGUAUAUCUCUGACAUGGAUGAAUUAAGAAAUAAUGAAGUUAUCAAUUAGUUACGAAUUUCCGUAGUCGCUUAACUAAUACCUUAUAAAAUCUAUUUAUGAAAAGUUUCUGCCUCCUACUUAAAAUAAGUUUCGUGCUCCUGGUUAAUGAUUUUUGGGAGUCACCUUCUUGUUCAAAUAUAACUUUUUGUAGCUUGACAAUAAUGUUCUAAUAAUUCUUGGAAUUAAUUUUUCAUAUCAAAACUUUAGGAGUUAUAUAGCUCUAUGCUGAAAUUCAUCUUAUACUAACCUCCUUUAACUUUGAUCUUCAAUAAAAGUACGGUAAUAGUAAUUUUGUCUUGACUACCUAAAGUAAUGAAUAACCGAAACAAAAUCGACACACAGUAACUUUGGCUUAUGCUGUUUGCGGCCUGUUUGUUACCCAGACGUAGCAUAGUGAUAGAUAAUAAAAGAUAAUCUAAUUAAAUUAAUAAUUUGUAGUACGUUUUUGACGUGGCGAAGAUACGGGAACUGGAAGAAGACGAUGCGUCUUUUAUUAUGUCGAGUAUUUCUCUCGUGUAAAAGGUCCAAGAAAAUUUAUUGACGAAAAUGUCAUAGAAAUUUCCCAGCACAAAAAUUGACUGUUAUACAGUUUAACAGUUAUGCAACUUAAUAGGUGUAGAAAUGCCAUAUAUCGUCUGUAUUUUCAAAUACGACCCUAUAAAAAAUUGCUACAAGUUCCUUAUUUCAUUCUCUUGUAGAAUCAUAUAUAUAUAUAGAUAUUAAAAUUGCAUAGCUCCCUACAAGAAAAUGGGACAAGAACUUGUGGUACUUGUAAGAAUUUUUAACAGGGGACAACCCAAAAGUAUCCUACUUCUAAUAGAUUUUACUUGCAUGCAGUAUAUCGUGCCAAAAGGCGAUUUGAUUUUUAUAACAGUAUGUAAUAACAAGUCUGCUACGAUAUGUUAUGUUACUGUAUUUAUUAUAUUAAAGAAGUCUUCUUACUUUCCAGUUUGAAUACAACUGUAUUAUAACGUAUAUACAACCAUAUUACAAAUAUAGUUACCACAACGAAGUACUUUUACCAUACUCUUCAAAGUAAUUAAUUUAUUGCAUACAAUUAUCGAGUCGUACAAUUUUAUACGGUCAUUUGUAUAAAACUGAUAUACCUAAACGUAAUUCAGCGUUCCAAUAGUGUUGGGUCAUGUGAAAAAAAAA